GCAGGGUUUGUCACGACGGGGUGGCCAGACAGAUAACAUCGACUCAACUGCAUGGUCACCAUGUACCUGUGGGGGAGGGGGGUCGACACGCACAUCCAGCUGUGGCAUCAGGCAGCCUGACAACAUGAAUCAUCGUCUCCCUAUCUAUCCAGGGCUCGCGCGCUGACGCGACGAAUCCCACUGAAAAACUGCCGAAUAAACGUUUGCUCACACGCAAGGACACCAACGCGCACACACAACACACACGCCGACGUGACGAGUGGUCUCGGCCAGCCGCGUGAAGAAAUGCCACAAAUGACGACCCAGCCAGUGAGAGGCCAGUGGGGCCCACGUGGGUAUGUAAGGAAGGUGGAUGGGAUGGGAGUUAUAAAUAGGUACGAAAGCACACACGACGACUGACUCAUGGGCGGACUGGCCGGCCAUGCUCCAGGCACGCAAAAUUGGUGCGUCACUCACUCACUCAGUCCCUCACUCCCUCACGAGCGGCAAACACCGGUAGGUACCCGACAAACACGACGGUACACAUACGGAAAGAAUACAUAUGUACAGACGAGUGUAUACUCACACAAACAGGCCGAUGAUCGAUGGAUCGAUGGAUCGAUGGAUGAGUGCAGUGGAACCCAGUUAAGACAGCAAAAGCAGCAAAUAGCAAGCAAGCGACGGGUGGUUGGGGCGCUAUUCGCGCCCGAAAAGGCGGACGCUUUUCUCUCCUGGGCCCGUGUGGCUGGCUCUCCAUUGCAUUCACUCCUCACUCACUCACCGCAGCGAGAGAAAAGCGUCCGCUCUCCCCUGCCCCCUCUCUCUUGCAUUCACCCCUCUCCCUCCCUUGCCCUCCCCUGCGCCCCAGCAGCCAGCCGCCCGACCGACCGACAGUACAUUUACAGUACAUGGCCUGCCCCUCAUUCCCCUCACUACCAACAGCCCAGCCCAUCCCAUCCCACCCUCACACACACGUGACACACACAUAUUGGCCGACGGACAGACACAGGCAGACAGACAGACAGGCAGGGAGGGAGGAGGGAAAAGGCCAGUCGAUCUAUCGGUGGAUCGAUGGAUCACUCCCUUACAGUAUCUCCCUCCUGCGCCCCUUUACUAUUGCCGUCCCCGCGCCCCCUCCGCCGCCCCUCUCCCUCUAUCGGCACAUCGUCGACACGCUCAUCCUCUCCACCAUCGUCAGCCAUACCCCCAUCGGCCUCCACAUCUGCAUGCCGAUCUGCCGGCGGCUCCUCCUGCUGCUGCUGUUGUCUCUGUACCUGAUGCUGCCUCCGUGCCAGUCUGAGUGGUGGGCGGUGGUUGUUGCUGUUGCGUUGUGGGUGUGUGUCGUCCUGCUCUCCCCUUUCUUUGAUGAUCAGCUGCAAGGGCAGCUGGGCGUCGAAGUCACAUAUCUCACCAGAGAAGGUCCGCCGGAUGUAGCCGGGAUCACAGCCCCUGCAUCAAGCACACACACACACACACACACACACACACAUGGUGAGUUGCAACACGUGGCCACUGGAUGGAUGGUAGAGAGCGCACCAGUAGAGUGCGAGUGCCCUUGCCGCGACGUUGUUGUUGUCGGUUUGGUUGUUGAGGAGGAUGAACAGGCCUUCCGGCCCCGUCCUCAGCUGAUACGCCUUGUGGAUCUCCAAGUCAGGAUUCGCCAGCCGAGUCGAAAAGGCGAUCCUCUGAACCUUACGGUACGCGAGAUACCUACACCCACAGCCACACACACACACACACAUACAUCGCAGAACCAUCCAUCCACCCACCCAACCAACCACACAUCCCUCGCUCGUUUGCUUGUGUGUGUGUGUGUGUGUGUGAGCCGCUCGCUUACCCCGAGGCCCACAGGUCGUCUGUGAGGUAAACUUUUGACCUCAGGUGUGGCGGGCACCCCUCGUAGCUGAGCACCUUGUCGUCGAAAAACCUCUUCUGCACGAAGAACGACCCGACGCCGUUGAUGGUAUGGACCUGCUGGACCACAAAAUUGGGGUCUUUCCGGUCGUGGGACGCCCUGAAGGUCCGCUCCGUCAGGUAGGACGGAUCGCACACCUCGUUGAACGUCUGACCUCGACGCGUCAGGGCCGCAUCGGGGAACAGACGGUGCACCUGAGGUCGGAAACGGCAAUGGCGAUCAUUCCGUGAUGUUGUUCGCCCUUUCCCUCUCUCCCUGGCCACUUACGUGCACGUAGUCGCAGACGAGAUGUCUGCUAUAGGUGAGGUCAUCGUCCAGCACCACAAGGGCGCUCUUGUCGUCAAGCUGGGCCUCCUUGAGCGGCAUCAGGAACUUGGUGGCGGGGCCGUAGUCCUCGCCGCGGAUGACGCGGGUGCGCCUGAGGGUGCCGUCUGUGAGGUAUGCCGGGAGGGGGUCAGGGUAAGGCUCCCCGGUGCGCUUGAAGACAUAUGGGACGGACAGCAGCACCUCAUGGAUCGGAUACGUCUGCUUCUCAAGCUGCACCAGGUACCUGCACAGACAGAGGCAGAAGCAUAGAUGUGACGUGCCUUGACUGUGUCGGCCGCGUGUUUAUGUGUGUCUGUGUGUGUACGUUUUGAGCUCGCUGAGCCUGGAAGGGAUGGUCGUGAGGGCGAUGUACACGGGCCCGUCAUAUCUCGCCUUGCACGUGUCGUUGAGCUGGUUGAUGCUCUGCUCAAUCAGCCCGGCCUUCUUGUUGAUCUCACCCAGCGCCCUCAGCACGUCGUUCCUGUGCCGAUUCAGCGUCCCCGUAGUGGCCUCCUGCAGCCGCUGCACCCGCCACACCAGAUUCGACACGUUGUUUCUCAAAGCCGUGUCAUCCAGUCGCUUGGCCUGCUGGGACUCCAGCGCACUGACGGUGGCGGAAAGGCCCUCGACGGCCUGCAUGACCUGCUGCACGUCACUCUGCCGUGCCGCCAGCCGCCUUUGGUCUUCAUGGUGCCGCGCGUCGGUCACAUUGCUGAGCAGCGCUAUGCGCGCGUCGAGGGCGUCAAGCUUGGCCAACAGGGGGUCCCGCGCGGACGGCCACGGGCGGGCCAGCCGAAGACACAGGCCCAGUGGUGGAAACACAGUCCAGUAAGAUAACAGCUGAGUCAUCAAAGCGAAGGAAGCUGCGCCAAUGCAUCCAAUGACAGCAGAGAGAGAGAAAGAAAGCUGACUGACGCAUGAAAAGUCUGUCUGUCUGUCCCUCUGUCUGUAUGUACCAAGGAUAGCGACGAAAUAGACGACAUAGGUGGAAGCCGCCCGAAUGGCCUUUCCCAUGCUGCCCCGUCCGUCGUGCUCGCGCCCCUCGCCCUCCUCCUCGUCGGCAGCAGCAGCAACAGCAGAGGGCCUGCGAAAAGGCCGCCUGGCUCUCUUGGGGCAGGCGCACCUCGUGGCUGAGUGGGUGAGUGAGGCGGAUGUUGAGCAGUGAUGGCGUGCAUGCAGCCCCUCGAGGCUCAGCAAGGGGAAGGCCGUGGACGUCGGUAGCCGAGGGGAUGCUGGGGGUGGUUCAGCCAGCGCACCAGGACAGCACAACAGCACCCUUGAGAUGACGAAACGCCUCCUCCCGAAGCCCAGAUGAAGCAAGGGAAGACCAAUUCGUUGAAAUAAGUGGUCGUAAUGAUCACGUCGUUGGCGCCCGGGCUGGUGUUCACUAUAGAGUAGUGAAGAAGGCCCUCGUUUG